AUGGCAGCACUAGCAACAACAGCAUUUGCCCUCAUCCUUCUCUAUGUGUCUGCUUUCUCUUCAGUCUCCGCUAAAGGAGGUUUCUCCAUUGACCUAAUACACCGCGACUCGCCUCGCUCUCCCUUCUACAACCCUUUAGAAACUCAAUCCCAACGUUUGAGGAAUGCCUUUCGCCGUUCCUUCAGACACUCCAACCGGUUUAAUCCAAAAGUUUCCUCUACUGUACCUCAGACUGACGAGGCCGAAGCCACUAUAACCAACAAUCGCGGCGAGUACCUCAUGGAGUUGUCUAUCGGAACACCACCGGUUCCGAUCAAGGCCAUCGCCGACACUGGCAGUGACCUCAUCUGGACACAGUGCAAGCCUUGCGUUGCUUGCUACACGCAAACUGAUCCUCUUUUCGACCCCUCAAAAUCAUCUACUUACAAAACCAUUCCUUGCACUUCGAACCAAUGCAGUGCGCUAAAGGGCAAUUGCUUAUCCAAGGGCAGUGGUUCUGGUUCGCCUUGCCAAUACGAAGCGAACUAUGGUGAUCGGUCACACACAAUCGGAGACCUUGCCGUGGACACUCUAACCCUAGCUUCCACUACCGGGAGAAACGUCUCGUUCCCGAAAACCAUUAUCGGGUGUGGUCACGACAAUGCCGGAACCUUUGACAAGAAGGGAUCUGGCAUAGUUGGCCUUGGAGGUGGUGACGAGUCACUCAUUUCCCAAUUGAGUACUUCUAUAGAUGGAAAGUUUUCGUAUUGCUUGGUCCCUUUUGCCUCAGAAGGUGACUUAACAAGCAAGUUGAACUUUGGUGACAAUGCUUUGGUUUCCGGCUCUGGGGUUCUGUCCACUCCCAUUAUCGAAGAUGAAGAUCCAACUAAAAAAACUUUCUUCUUCUUGACAUUGGAGGCCAUAAGCGUCGGCAAAACGAAAAUUCCCUUCACAUCAUCAUCAUCAUCUUCAGCUUCUGGUGGGGGGAACAUUAUAAUCGACUCCGGCACAACGCUAACCCUGCUAGAGCAGUCCUUCUACUCGGAGCUGGAAGAAGCAGUCGACCAGGUUGUGGGUGGGGAGCGUGUGAGUGACCCUCAGAGUCCAAUACCUCUUUGUUAUAAGGUAAGUCUGUCUGAGGAUUUGAAGGUCCCAAAUAUUACUGUGCAUUUCAGCGGCGCGGAUGUGAAGUUAGACGCGAAGAACACGUUUAUUAGGGUGAGCGACGAGGCUGUGUGCUUUUCCUUUGCUCCGUCGGAGAGUCUUUCAAUCUAUGGGAACCUGGCGCAGGCGGGUUUCUUGGUGGGAUAUGACCUUAAGGAGAAGACUGUGUCUUUCAAGCCAACUGACUGCACCAAGGUCUGA